UUUUAUUCCGAGCUCAAGGCUGCUGCGGAAUUUGGGUGGGACUUUUCCAGUCGUCGGCUCAUCCUCAGUGGAACACAUAAAGGAAAUACCUUAAAUUCAAAAACUAGCUCAAUCGUGCCGGCAGAUCUAUACGCAUUAUUACGCGUUACAGAUGUACCUACUCGCAGUUACGGAGGACGUCGGCUCGUGGCUAGACUUCAAUAUGUUAAAUAAUAUUGUAAAACCAAUUACUUUGUGUUAUGGGUUAUACGUUAUUUAAAUAAGGAGAAAUUACUGAAGUUUUAUGGGGUUAUAGCAACCACCCCGAGGGAAUUAAUAAUAAAUAAUAAUAUGGCUAUGUAAGUAAAAUAAAAUCGAUAUAAAGCGAAGUUAUUUUUACCCCACUAACAUAUUGUCUCCGCUGUAGACAGGUUGUCUUGAAAAAAAACAAAACCGAUUACUCUGUGUCGAGGGUUCUAAAUUAUUAAAAUGAGGAAAAAAUACUGAAGUCUGAUGGGGGUAUACCGAAUUACCAACCGCCUUUAGGGAAUCCAAAGAACAGUGGGUACAGUAUAAUAUAACAGUCGACAUG